CGCAGGAGCCAAGGCUCCCUCGGCGCGGUGGCUGCCGGGUGCUGCGCGCCUUUCCCGUCUCGCUCCCCUCCCAGCCCGCGUCUCCUCCCCCUCGGCUCGUCUGCUCCCUGGCGUGACUCGGCACUCAGAGCUCCGGGGAGGACACGUCGUGGUCGCCGCUCCCGUCCAGGCCCCGGCCUCCCGCCGCCUCCCUCGGGCCUCGCUCGGGCUUUCUUCUUAAGUUUUGAAGCCGGAAGCGUCGCGGCCGCCCCGCCGGGUUCUCUGUGAGGAUGGUGGGAGUGAAGCCGGUCGGGAGCGAUCCGGAUUUCCAGCCGGAGCUGAGUGGGGCGGGCUCCAGACUUGCGGUGGUCAAGUUCACCAUGAGAGGGUGUGGACCGUGUUUGAGGAUUGCUCCAGCAUUCAGUUCUAUGAGUAAUAAGUAUCCACAGGCAGUUUUCUUGGAAGUAGAUGUACAUCAGUGCCAGGGAACAGCUGCCACCAACAAUAUAUCAGCAACACCUACAUUUUUGUUUUUUCGGAACAAAGUGAGAAUUGAUCAGUAUCAAGGAGCAGAUGCUGUGGGACUAGAAGAGAAAAUCAAGCAGCAUCUAGAAAAUGAUCCUGGAAGCAAUGAGGACACAGACAUUCCGAAGGGCUACAUGGAUUUAAUGCCUUUUAUUAACAAAGCUGGUUGUGAAUGUCUUAAUGAAAGUGAUGAGCAUGGCUUUGACAACUGUUUGCGAAAAGACAUGUCCUUCUUGGAGUCUGACUGUGAUGAGCAGCUACUUAUUACCGUGGCAUUCAAUCAACCUGUUAAGCUUUAUUCCAUGAAAUUUCAAGGACCAGAUAAUGGUCAGGGUCCUAAAUAUGUAAAAAUUUUUAUCAACCUACCCCGAUCUAUGGAUUUUGAGGAGGCAGAAAGGAGUGAGCCAACUCAAGCUCUGGAGCUGACAGAAGAUGACAUUAAAGAAGACGGCAUUGUUCCUCUUCGUUAUGUUAAAUUUCAGAAUGUUAACAGUGUAACUUUAUUUGUUCAGUCUAAUCAAGGUGAAGAAGAGACAACAAGAAUUUCGUAUUUUACUUUCAUUGGUACUCCAGUCCAGGCAACAAAUAUGAAUGACUUCAAACGACUUUUUUAAUACAACUCAGUGAACUAAAGCAGAAGAUUUUUUUAUGAAGUAAUACACAGAUAGACUCUGUCUCGUUGUACUCCCUUCCUUGCUUCCUUGCUCACCUGCUCUCACCCUCCCCAUGUCCUUCCUCAGUUGUCGAGAUUUCUUCAGCUUCAGCAUCUGGAUCAGCCUCCUUGUUACCUAGAUUGCCUCCACCACCUCUUCCUUCAGAGCUCAUCCCACUCAUGACUCUCAGUUGGCCCUUUCUUUUGCUUGCAAUUAGGUGCCUUAAUUUUCUUACCAUAUUAUGUUGCUCACAAGGCAGUUUUGUUUUUGUUUUUUUAACCUUCUGCUAUUUCUUAU